CUCCCAUUUUCCCUAAAAUUAAAAUCGAAAACUAAACCCUAGUUUUUCUCUCUCCUAAAAUAAUUUCAUCAAAAAUUGUAAAAAUUUAACUUUCGUCCCUUUUCGCGCUCUAACGCUUCUCUCUUUGACGAUGAAAUUUUGAUUUUUUUUAAUUUUUUUUUAAGAUUCAAUUCUUUUUUUUUUGGUGUUAAAUUGUUAUAUAUGGUGGUGAUCCAUUUUUCUGGAGGUUUUAGGGUUUCGAUGCUGUUGCAGAAGUCGAGGAAUUGAGAGAUCUAGAGGUGUUUAACAAUGGCGUUGUCAGAUGACGAGCUGCUCGAGAAGCAGCUCACUGAAGCUGGUAACCAGCUUCUCUCUCCUCCUCCUUCCGUCGCUGAGUUGCUCUCUUCGCUUGACCGGGUUGAAAAUUUACUCACCAGAGUGGAGCAGUCACCAUCUGAGUCAAUGAAGAAAGCACUUUCUCCGUCGAUGAAAGCAUUGAUUGCCAAUGAGCUAUUGAGACAUAAAGACAUUGACGUGAAUGUUGCUGUUGCUUCAUGUAUUAGUGAGAUAACAAGGAUCACAGCUCCUGAUGCACCUUAUGAGGAUGACCAAAUGAAGGAGGUGUUUCAAUUAAUUGUAUCAUCGUUUGAGAAGUUGGAUGACCAAUCUAGCCCAUCGUAUGGCAAGAGGACAUCCAUCCUGGAAACAGUUGCAAAAGUCAGAUCAUGUGUAGUAAUGCUGGAUCUGGAAUGUGAUGCCUUAAUUGCAGAAAUGUUCCAUCAUUUCUUUAGAACUAUUAGGAGUGAGCAUCCUGAAAAUGUGUUUUCGUCAAUGGAGACAAUCAUGACCCUUGUAUUGGAAGAAAGUGAGGAUAUAUCCAUAGAUCUUUGUUCAUCUAUCCUAGACGUUUUGAAAACAGAGAACAAGGAAGUUCUGCCUGUUGCUUGCCAGCUUGGGGAGAAAGUGGCUGAUAAGUGUGCUAGCAAGCUUAAACCUUAUCUAUUACCAGCUAUGAAGUCUCGUGGUACCACCCUAGAUGAUUAUAGUAAGGUUGUGGCAAAGGUUUUCCAAGCAAGAACUGAGGCUGUUGAGCCUAGUGAGGCAGAUGCUGCAAAGAAAAAUGUGGCUGAUGAGGAUGACCUGACCAAUACACCUUCAGAAAAGGCAGUUGAAGUUGCUUUGGAAACUCUGGAUGAUGCGCCUCCUUCAGAAGAAAUUGGUCCUGGUACUGUUGGGUCUCCAAAGGCUGUGGUGAGCAAUGGUACAAUACAGAAAGAGGUUGAAGAUACUUCUGCUGGAAAUGAUGAUUCCAAGGAGGUGAAUAACAUGGCUCGUGAUGUAGAUGCAGAACAAAGCAAGGUUAAGGUAGACUAUUCAAAUGCUGAAGAACCCACAAAGUCACGAACUAAGCCAGUAAAAGUUAACAAGCGUAAAGGGAAGAAGGGGAACUCUUUGAAGAGCUCUUCAGAGCCAGCUGUUAUGGAUGAAAAGGAGGGAGUAGAGACGCCUGUGCCUCAACAAGAAGAUGAAAAGGGUGAAGACAAUGCGCAGAGCUCGGCUAUUGGAGCUGAUUCUGCGAAGCUAGCUGAAAAUGAAAAGGAGCCAGACCACCCAGUCCCCUCACCAAAAGCAUCAGACGAGCUUGUUGAUGCCCCUUCUUCCUCUCCAACUGGAAGCGUUGCUGAUGAAAAUCCGAAAAAGGAUGAACCAGGGAAGAAGAAAGAUGAAAUGGUGCAAAGUGAGCCAGCUGGUGAUGUUGAAAUGAAGGAGGAGGAAAGUGAUGUUAAGAAAUCAUCUGAAGGAGUUAGUGCUUCAGAGUCCAAAUUGCCGAAGCAGAUAGGGAAAAAGGUGCCUUCAGUAACUGAUAAGGAAGACAGUGAACUGAGUUCUGAUGAUCCAAAGGAAGAUGGGAAAACAAGUAAUGUGGAAGCCAAACCAGCAAAACAGCUGGUCAAGAAGGACGAAGUUGUUGGUAAUCUGCGUGAUAAUAAGAAAAAGAGAGGUCAAGGAAAAGCAACUCCUGUGAAGGAGCUUACAAAAACUCCGUCCAAGGAUGAGAAGAAGCCUGUUGGUUCAGCCAAGUCUACUGCAAAAACCACUAAAGAUGAGAGUGAUGUAGAGAAAGCAUCUGAGUCAAAUUCCAAGAGGAAGCGUACCAGCAAAAAGAAAGUAUCUGCUGAAAAGAAAGUAUCCAGUGAAAAGAAAGUACCCUUUGAAAAGAAGGCUGCAAAAUAUGGUAAGGAAUUGGUUGGUUUGAAGGUCCAGGUUUGGUGGCCGGAUGACAAGAAGUAUUAUAAAGGGGUUAUCGAGCACUUUGAGCCCGCUUCCGGAAAGCAUAAGGUAUUAUAUAGUGAUGGUGAUGUUGAAGUUUUAAAGCUUGAGAAGGAAAAGUGGAAGUUGAUUAAUGAUGACUCCAAGCCUGAUCAGGGGGAUUCAAGCGAUGGUGAAAGCCCUGAUGAAGCUGCUGAAACGCCAAAAGCUAAAAAAUCUAAGACAAGUCCUGCCCCAGCUGCUAAACGAGGAAAGACUGAAUCUUCAGCUAAAAAGUCUGGAGCUUCAACCAGCAAAUCCAAAACUACAACCAAGCCCCGGACUAAGCUCAAGGAUGAUAGUAAGGCAGAUGGCAAAGCGAACGAUGAAACUUUGAAGAGUAUUGCUAAAUCUGAGGAGGAUAAAGGUGGUAAAAACAAAGAUUCAAAAUCUGGCAGCAAGGACAAGACCCCUAAAGCAGUUGGGAAGUCCAAAGCUAAUGAUGUGGAUGCAUCUAAAGGAAGUACUAAGCCACAGCAAGAAACUCCUAAGGGUGCCACAAAGUCCAAGGGUAAAUCGCCAAAGAGUGGUAGCAAAUCCAAUAACAGCAGCAGUAAAGUAAAAGCAGCUCCUCAAGCAGAGUAUGAGGAGGAGGAUAUGGAGUCUUCACCGGAAACACCAAAAGUGCCUGAAACUUUGAAGGGGAAGUCUCAGAAUACAUCAAAAUCGAAGAGUGCAAAGAAGAGAAAAAGAGGCGCAAAAGGCUAAGUCCAAACUUGUCAUAUGUCAUUCUCAUGUCGACAGUUCAACUGUUAGAUUUCUUUUGUGCUCUGAUCACUGCUGUUCAUAGUUAGCCACACACAACAUUUGUGUUAGGUAAUUCGUGGCUACUCUCUGGUAUUACAAUAGUUUCAUAGUUGCAUUUUAGGAUAAGGGUUCCUGUGUAGAAUUUGAUUUUGGUUGUUGAGGGAAGAGUAGUAGACUUUGGGAGAUUAGUUUUUUUAGAUAUUAAUAUAGAUGUAGAUUCUUGCUAUGUUAAACUGCAUCCUAUUUAUCCAACUUACAUAUUUGCAUGACAUGUGGUUUUAA